AAUAGUCUAGUCGCGUCGAUAUUUGCUCUCGCUUCGGUAACGGUAGACAGACGCCCGCGAAAAGCCUGCAGAAUUUCUAUUUUAACUCCACUGAAGACUGAAAAAAAUGUCACCAGUUUGGACAUGACGCAGAUGGGGCAUUCGAUGUAACCAUGGAGACGCUGGAAGCUAGUGGGAGGAGCGACCCUGUAAUCGUUUGUCCCUCGGAGGAUGAGCUCAAAGAAGAGCCUGUGAUGAAUGUUCCUUGUAUAGUGGAUGGAUGUAAAAAGAUAUUUAACACCACAGCAGCACGCAGCAUACACAUCAUACAAACACAUAAGAUUUAUAAGGAUGAGGAGGAAAAGAUGAGGUUUGAUCGAUCCGUUCAGAAGAAAAUGACCAAGGUCAUCAAGCACUUCUACUGUCCAGUCAACACCUGUAAUAGAAGCAAAGAAUGGAAUAAGCCAUUUUCUAGACUUAGUCUGCUUAAACAGCACUAUUACAUCGUCCAUGCUGAAAAGAAGUAUCCUUGCCCGAAGUGUGAUAAAAGAUUCAGCACACAGAGUCACCUUGCCAGUCAUGAGAGAGACUGUGGUAAGGACUUCUUCUGCACCUGCGGAGAUAAGCACAAAUCUUCCACAUCGCUCUACAUGCACGCCAAGAGAAAACAACACGAACUUCCUGACGAGUAUCGCUAUAAUAAAAGAAGGAAGCCUGCUCCUGAACCACCUAGGGAGACCUAUAUCUUGGUUGUCCCAGUCCCAUGUGGAAAUCCAAGCGAUUUCCAGAAGACAAUCUGUGAACCUAAGACCCUCCUUCCUCAUCCUUCUGCAAGAACUCUAUUAUCGCUGUCUGGAAAUUCACAACUCAUCAACAGGACCUCUGCAACAGGCUUUGCUAUCCCUGCAACAGUCACUACCCCCACACAAGUUGGAACUGCGACUGUAGGUGUUGGCCACACUACCCCGAGAAAAUCUUCUACAUCAGCAACUGCAUCUACCCAAACUGAUGAUUCUGGGGUCAGUCCAUUGCCACCCAAGCUGUCCAUGAAUAGUUCCUACGCUCAGACAUCCCAUAGCUGCUUUCCUAAUUUCAUACCCAUGUUGAAUGGCCCAAGAAGACAUAAAAAGACUCUGGCUGUACAGACACUUGGUAAUUGGUCACAGGGUCAAAUAUCAAACAAAAUGGCUUCUACAGAAACCCAAACAUUGGAUGGACAGGGUACAACAGAACAGGGUCCGUUAUCUCUUGGUCCACAGUUUGCCAUACCCUCUCGUUUGCCGCCACAGAGGAAAUCAAUUUCUAGUCAAAUGUUUCCUCAGUUUUCAAGUCCUGCUUCAUUGACUGCGCCUCAAGAUGCUUCCUCUUGUGCACUGAUGACAUCAAGUCUAAACUCUGAGAUUGUUAAUACUCAGGGAACUGCCCUUGAAAAUUCUCAGCUUGACACAAACAGUACUCAAGCUCCAUUGAAUGUUGAGGCAAUCAGUAACAAUGCAACCGCUGAUCUCACAACUACUUCAGUGGACCCAGGAAAUAAAGUGAUUUCUCCUAAUGAAGUACUUACUCAAACAGACAUUACUUUCCAGAACUUCUUGGAGUUCAACUCAUCGGAAACACAAACUCUGUCCAGUGUAAAUGAUGCCAUGACAGAAACGAUUGAACCCUCAUCUUCUCAAAUAGCAGGAGCAAAAACAGAAAAUCCAUCAGGACCGAAUGUGGCAACCAGUGCUACCAGUAUGUCUCCUGCACCCUCAGGUCUAAGUGUUGAAAAGAAUUCUACUGCUGUGUCUCCUGCAGGUUUGAGCUCAGGCAUACAGGUGAAUGCAACAGGCGUGAGACCCAUGCCUUUGGGUCUGGAUGAACAGACUGGACCCUCUGGCUUAUCUUCUGAAUCAACAGGCACUGGAGCUCAGACCAGUGCGAGUAGCAUGACUCCUGUCCCCAUGAUACUUGGUUCGAGUAUGUCUCAAACAUCAUUAAAUUUACAUAGUCCGGUCAGAAGCAUGGGUUUAUCCCCUGCUCUUCAGGGUCUUGGAGAUCAGGCCAGUGCUACAAGCAUGUCCCCUACACCUGGUAUAGCUUUGUCUGGUUUGGAGCUUCUGUUCCUGGCUAGUACAGAGCACAGAGCAAACUCUUCCCUUGAGAUGCCUAGAUUGGAUGAGCCACUGUGCUGCCAACAGACUCAAACUGUCUUUGAUACUGACACUGGCCACCAGGAAACACAGACUGCGUGGGACUGGAGCCUUGAUGAAUUCUCAUUCCUUGACCAGUAUACCCAGACAGCCAUGAGUUCAAGCGCUGGUACUAGUAGCAACAGCAGUACGACCACCAUGCCCGAGACAGAUCAGUUUUGCCAAACAGGGAUUGACCUUUACUCACAGUUUGCCUUCUCCAACACUGAGACACAGACAGUAUCAGUCUUUGACUUGGAGAUGUUUGGUAACUCUAUCUCCGUCCAGACUGAAGCAGGAUCAGGAUCUAAGCUGCUUGAAGGAGAUGGCCUGAAUGAGAUCACCAAAGAGGUUCAGGUGUCAACCUUGGAGUCUCAACAGGAAAGGGUCAGUGCAGAUGUCCAGACUGAAGACCUGGACUUUGAUAGGCUUCGGAGUAGACAGAUGGGCAGUGGUCAGCUGGCUAGCAGUCAUACACAAACAUCUCUUUGGGAGGAUAUUGAAUCAAUAAUCAGGUCGGAUAGCUUUACCCAAACUCAGUUCCCUUAAAAAACAAAGAUUUGUUAUUUGACUGCUACUGCUGACCUUCUUCAUCCUGGGUAAUCUGCAGUUCAGGGAAGUGUUUCAUGAAGUGAUAUCUGCAAUAAGCUACUGAAAUCCUGGUACCUGAUUUGCUAACUGCAAAUUGGUCAGUAGCAAAAUAUUGUUUCAUCAAACACUUUCUUGGUUUAUGUCAAAUUGCACUUUCAAAGAACUUUAGUUAACUUGUAGAAAUGAAAUGGAAAAAGGAGAUAAAAAUACAAUCAAAAGCACAACUCAAUUUUUUUGCAAUAGUUAGUGAUACAUGUACAGCUUUUUAAAAAGAAAAACAACUAUAUGGAUAACUGGUAAGAUAACAGUAUUGUAAGUAUUCAUUAUUUGAAUGAGAAAGCUGUGACAUAUUUAACUGAUUUUUUUUUCUGUACUGAUGUCCAUCAAUCACCAUUUACAUGAGUGGUUUUUAAGGGGCUGUUUACCUUUGGUUCAUGUCAGUUAACCUUUUAUCCUGAAUCCUAUAACAUGGAUGGCAUAUAUUAGGGCUAUUUAUUUACAUUCCUCUGACCUCUUUAGAUAGUUCCCAAACCUCUAAUAAUGUGCAUUUUUUUUACUUGAUAAUUCAGAACUUUCUAUCAAAGGAAAGUUUGUGAACGUCCAAUUCAUAAAUAACUAUUUCAAACCUCCUUUCACUCAUAAUGAAAUGAUUGGGACUUUUCUAUCACAGGGAAAUAGGAAAAUAUGACAAAAUAAUUGCCUUUCUUAUGAAAACUGAGUUUAUAAUGGGUCUGUAAAUAUGAAAUGAAAUAUAAACAGUACUUUAUAAAUAUGUUAUUCCAAUUAGAUGCUGAAUUAUUUGUGCAUUUAGUACUGCAAAUCAUAUUCCAGGUUAUUGACUUAUUUCAUAUUUUAUCUUUUAGGAGAGAAAAAAAGGUGUCCAGAGAAUUUCAUUAUGCUAGUAGAUAAUAUGCCAGUCAUGUAAAUGUUAUU